UACGUUUCUUACAUUUGUUCCCACUUCCCACUUGCCCCUCUCUCUCCAAAAAAAUGGCUUCUCGAAUCUUCUCACAUGCUCUAAUUUUCUUCCUUUCACUCAUCUCCGCCUCUUUUGCGACCCAUGGCGGCGGCGGAGGGACGGCGAAGGUGGAACUGUGGUGCGUGGCCAAGAACAACGCAGAGGAUGCUCCCCUGCAAUCAGCAUUGGACUGGGCAUGUGGGCCCGGAGGAGCGGAUUGUCGACUCAUUCAGAAUAAUGGGCCCUGCUAUGACUCGUCGGACAUCCAGCGCACGGCGUCUUAUGCCUUCAAUGACUACUUUCUCAAGCAUGGCCUUACUCAGGAUAGCUGUAAUUUUAGUAACACUGCUGCUCUCACUUCUCUUAACCCUAGUUACAACAAUUGCAAAUUUCCAUCCAGUUUAAGCACGAGUAACGUGGGCAUUACAGGGUCCGUGACAGCAGGGCAAGCUAAUGGAGAUCUGACUAGCAGUCAUUGUAUUAUUCACAGAUUGCAUGGAGGAUUAUUCACACUUCCUUCAUUCUUUGGGAUCAUAUUAAUUUUCUAAUGGUAGCAGAUCUCGAGUAUAUGUAUUUUGUACGUAUCAAAAAAUGGGCAAAAGCAAAGGCUUUCGUUUGAAAAGACGUAGCCCAGGUAUUCAAUAGUUUUUUUAAUGGUUAUUGGUUUGAUAUAUGAAACAUUACCUAAAUACUUCUUUUUGAUCUGUAGUUAAAUCAUAAUUAAUGUUUAUCCAAUUCCAUUUAACCUGAUA